GCCAUGUACACGUUACAUAUUCCCACCCCCUGUCAGAUCGACUGCUUACCUGUGGCUUGACGUCAACACCCAAGCCACCCAGACGUUACCACACGUAUCAAGGAAACAGGAUGAUGUUGGCGGGUGUCAUGGCCGGCAUGGGUAGUUGGUAGUUACUUGGUCCAUAGCAAGAUAGACGCAGGCCUUGUACGAAUGCGCGAAAUCAAGUUCUAGCUAGGAUAUCUAGAUCUAGGCCAUCGGUGACGUCUUUGCUCCAAGUAUGACAUGGCCGCAUGGAUGCGAAGACUUCGACGGCCAAGACGCCUCUCCCUAGCCGUACCUUAUGUAAAUACUCUAGUCCAACAAGUCUAACCAUGGAGGAUCCAUUUGUUAACUGAAUCAUAUCCAAAUCUAUUCUCUCAAAUUAUCUCACUUUUCAUACAGCUAUCUUUGUCAACUAUUGCACCUAAAGUCUGUGAAAUUAACUCAGAAGUGUAUUGGAAAAUGUCGUCUCCCAGCCCCUCAGGAUCUGGAUCAAGGUCCCGUCAAGGCCGUCGCCGAAGCCGUAACCAGUCCCGGCGACAAGAAGCCACUGCCCCGCAGCCAGAGCCGCAGAACCAGCAAUAUUCGGACGAGGAGGAAAGCGCAGAAGAUGUCGAAGCAACACCUCAACCUCAACCACAGCGACGACGGCGCCAGCGUAACCAACAGACGCAACAGCAGCAGCAGCAGCAGCAAGGUGGAGGGCCUUUAGGUGGCCUCGGAGGUGUUGACCAAAUGCUCCCCGUCAACGACCUCGGUCAAACGGCGAACAACCUGACUAACUCGGCAACUGGAACGCUGGGCAACGUCGCUGGAGGCGCGCUCAACCAGGGCGGCGGUGGCGGCGGAAAGUCUGAUACUUUACGUCUCAGGCUAGAUCUCAACCUCGAGGUUGAGGUCACCUUGAAAGCAAGGAUCCACGGUGAUCUAGAGUUAGCGUUACUUAAUUAAUGAAGAACAAUGUAAUGGUGCAAUAGACCACUUUUCACAGGCAUUCAAUGUCUAUUGAGUUCUACUUCAGUUUAUACUUGAGAGAUUACAUCGCCACUUGGGAGUUUUUGCCAUCUACCUAUACUUGGCAACACUGACUGGAAUUCUAUCUUUUCGUUUCCUCGAUUCUUAGGGUUCUAGGUAACUACCUACCUAAGGUACCUACCUACCUUAUGAAUACAUGUAUCUAGAUUUUCACGAAUCUCAUUUUAAUAUGAUGUCAGGGAUGUGC